GAGAAGCUUCUAGCGAUUUCUUUAUUGGAGAAUGUUAAAGGAAGCUCUUCAUCAGACUCUCCUCUGUCUAUCCAGCUAUGAGGUCUACUCGAGUCUUUUGGACUGUCAUCUCCUUCUGUGGAUUCCAUGGGUUGAUGAUGAUGGAAUGGCUGCCCCACGACGUGGUAGAGCUCAUCUUGGAGAGACUUCCGGUGAAAUCUCUGCUGAGAUUCAAGUCUGUAUCGAAGCAAUGGAAAUCAACGAUGGAAUCACGAAGCUUCCAAGAAAGGCAGUCGAAGAAGCAGUCAGGAGGAGAUCCAGAUGUUCUCAUGGCGUCCGCAAGUGCUGACGAAUCCCUAAGAACACUGGCAUUGGGUUCAUCCUCAUCGGUCAAAAUCCCUACUCCUUGGGAUAAGGAGGGGAACACAACAGAGUACUUAGUGUCCAAUAAUAGCUGCGACGGUCUUGUUUGUCUCUACCAUCCCUUGGGUUCCGAAUCCGGUUUUGUUGUCAACCCGGCCACUAGAUGGUAUCGUCCUCUUCCUCUCUGCCAAUUUCAACAACUGGUGAUCAGCCAAGGAGAGAGUUACUUUGAGACUCAGCACGGAAUCUUUAAGCUUGGAUUCGGUAAAGACAUGAUAGGCACUACUACUUACAAGCCUGUUUGGCUAUACAACUCUUUAGAGAUAGGCCUUGACAACGCUACUAGAUGCGAAGUUUUCGACUUUAUCUCCAAUGCUUGGAGGUACGUUACUCCCUCUGCUCCUUAUCGGGUCGUUGGGGCCGCCGAUCCCGUGUUUGUACAUGGUUCGCUUCAUUGGUUCACAGCUUGCGUGGACACCAAGAUUUUGUCUUUCGAUCUUCACACCGAGGCUUUUCAAAUCAUCUCUAAAGCUCCCUUUCCCGCCAAUUCACAUGAUAAUCCUUACGCCAUCGUCUUGUGCAACCUCGACAACCGUUUGUGCGUAUCGCAGAUGCAGUAUUCCGACCGAGUGAUAUGGUCCUUCAAUUCAGGCAACAAGACAUGGGACAAAAUUUUCUCCAUCGAUCUGGUUAUGACUACAGUUUUAUAUGAUUGUCCAACACUAUGCGCCUUCCAUCCACUAGCAGUUUUGGAUGGGAUGAAGAAUAAGAGGAAGAAGAAGAAGAAGAAGAAGGUGAAGGAGGUGAAGGAGAGGAUGGUGAAGAAGAAUUUGCUGUUUUAUGACCGUGUAAAAAGUCAAUAUCUGUUGAUACAUGACCCCGAAACCGACCUAGACGAUUUUACUUUCACAGCUGAAUCCUCCAUGGGAUUUCUUGUUUGUUAUUUCCAGAGUUUAAUCUCUAUUUGAUUUUAGAAACCCUUCUUCUCAUGAGACCCAACUUACUUCUUAGUUAUCCAGUAGACAGUCUCAUGCGUUGUAUAUAUGUUAGUGUGCCUUUCAAUUGUGUGUAUCAACAUAGGCAUUCUCCUUAAUUAAGUGAAGAUAGUUACAUGUUUGAUGUGCGUUUUACCGAACAGUUCAUAGUAAAAGCUUCCGGCAACAACCCAGAAAAGUUCAUAGCCUUUAUCUUCUAUCAAAUCUCGACCUUCUUUUACUUCAAAGUUCAACCCCAAGCAAUCUCAAAACAUCUCUCGGCUGAGCCAAUACCUAUCUCAAAAGUCUGAAUUUUUUUUUACGAUCUGGACGCGUUCCCCUCUAAGCAAAGCUGGUUCGAGUCAAGGACCUGCUUUUGGUCUUGACUUCAGGACGACUGAACUAGAUUUUGAUUCGGUGCUCCCUUACUUGGAACUGUAUGUUCAACGGUUGAGGAAAUAGGAGU